AUCGCAGGAAGCUUUACUUUUCGUUAUACGGGUGGGAAACAGGGUCCAUACGCCUUCCUCACUCGGGUUGUAACGGUGAGGUCUCUAGUGCUGUUUUGUUUUUAUCUUUGUCUUUUUUUUUUUUAACUUGGUGUUAAACUGGCCGAAAUGUCAACGCCUCUGGAAAAGCCGCAGAUCAUUGCACACUUUCAAAAGAGUUUAAAUUACACGGUGUUCGACAGCAAGUGGAUUCCCUGCAGUGCGAAGUUUGUUUGUAUGGGAACCCUCGCCAAAGGGAGUGGAGUCCUGCAGAUUUACGAGCUUGAACAUGGAAAACUGAAACAAGUCAAAGAGAUGGAAAAUCCCAAGCCAAUAAAAUGUGGAACAUUUGGUGCAACAUCUCUCCAGCAGAGGCAUUUGGCCACAGGUGAUUUUGAUGGCAACCUUCACGUGUGGAAUCUUGAGGCAGCAAAGGAUCCGGUGUACUCUGUGAAAGGCCACAAGGAAAUAAUAAACAGCAUAGACGGCGUUGGAGGUUUGGGCAUCGGAGAGGGCGCACCAGAAAUCGUUACAGGGAGCAGAGAUGGUACUGUUAAAGUGUGGGAUCUGAGGCAAAAAGACACACCUGUGGCAAACAUGGAGCCAAUGGAAGGAGAGACCAAGAGAGAUUGUUGGACUGUUGCAUUUGGUCAUGCCUUUAACGAUCAGAACCGCUGUGUCUGUGCUGGUUAUGACAACGGUGAUAUUAAGCUGUUUGAUCUCCGAAAUAUGUCUCUGCAGUGGGAGAAAAAUAUUAAAAAUGGUGUUUGCAGCGUUGAAUUUGACAGAAAAGAUAUCAAUAUGAAUAAACUAGUGGCAACGUCUUUAGAGGGCAAAUUUCAUGUCUUUGACAUGAGGACUCAACACCCAACCAAAGGCUUUGCCUCUGUUUCGGAAAAGACCGACCAAUCUACAAUAUGGCAAGUGAGACAUUUGCCCCAGAACCGGGACAUCUUCAUGACAGCAGGUGGAGCUGGGAAGCUGCACUUAUGGAAAUAUGAGUAUCCAGGGCAGAGGCGUGAGAAAGAUGGAAACAAAGUAGACCAAGGAGUGCCUGGGACACUCAGUCUCCUGCAGAACGUCACUCUGUCUACACAACCUAUUGUCAGCCUGGACUGGAACACCGACAAACAGGGCCUGUGUGUGUGCGCUUCCUUUGACCAGUCUGUACGAGUCCUGCUUGUCACUAAGCUGAACAGAGUAUGAGCUCACAUCAUGUGUCUCCUGGCCUUAUUAUUAUUAUUUCAGGCUCUUUAAACCAAAUCUCAAUCUGCUUACUGUAUAUGCAACAAUCAUGACAAUUUUGCUUGUAUAAUUUCACUUUAAAUGAAGUUAAAGUUGUCAUUUUAAUUUCUUUUCAUUUGUGCAAAUUCUUUGCUUGCAGGUGUGUUUGUUUAAUUAAACCCUUGUGGACACUUUAUAAAUACUACCUUUUUGUGAUGUUCGUGGACAAAAACGUCCACUAAAUUAAACUUAUUUAAAAAUAUAUCAGAUUAAUAUUUACCACUAAUCAGUGGUUGAAUACACGAACACAUGCAAUUUGACCUCUUCCCAGCUGAGGGAACCAUUAACAAGCAAGAAUGCAUGUUUUUUCAUGUCAUGGCCAUGCAAAAAAAAAGUUUUUAUAUUAAAAAUAAGUCAUUUUGUGUGUA